AUGGCAGCUGGCAAGAAAAGUGCACAGCUCAGCGAGUACGAGCGAGCGCGACAAGAGAAGAUUGCGAAGAAUCAGGCGCUGCUCCAACAACUACAGCUCGACGCGCAGCAGACUGGCAUAGGACCAAAGUCGAAGCCCAAGCCAUCUUCCACUGCAGGGCAGAAGCGCAAGAAGCCAGCGCCCAAAGCCAAAGUGGAAGAGGGACCACGUCGAACUUCGUCUCGUCUGAAGGGUAUUGUAGCAGACUCAGAAGUCGCACGGCAGAAGCAGGAAGACGAUCAUGAAGCGUUUCAGGAGCAGCAACGGAUCAAGAGGCAGCGCGUCAGCGAGGAUAUUGAUCUACACAAUACGAUUGUCAAUGGGCAGAACUGGAACAGAGCAGGGAAUUGGUUGUCAAUGGUUGGACCUGCAGAUCCCGGUGUGCGAACGUUCGACAAGACAGAUAUCAAAGACACGACAGACAAAGAGUUAAAAGCACUGCGAGAACGCAUGAGCAAUCUACAACUAUGGGAAGGAGCAGAACCCAACAGGAUCAAGAUCACACCAGAGAGGAUAUACGCCCUUGGCUUCCAUCCCGCCCAGGACAAAGCGCUAGUCUUCGCUGGCGACAAGCUAGGCAACAUGGGCCUCUUCGACGCCUCUCAAACCACACCCGAGAAGAUCAAACAAGAAGCUGACGAUGCCGACGAAGACGGCGAUGUCGACGAUGAAGUUGAGCCAGCAAUCACAACCUUCAAGAUUCACACCCGCACCAUUAGCGCCUUCCAAUUCUCUCCCCACGAUCACAACGCCCUCUACUCAGCCUCCUACGACUCCUCAAUCCGCAAGCUCGACCUAACCAAAGGCGUAGCAGUCGAAUCCUACGCACCCGAGGACAGGUCCGCAGACGAACCCCUAUCAGGAGUCCAAAUCUCCCAUGCCGACCCCAACACUCUCCACUUCACCACCCUUAGCGGCGCAUUCGGGAUAAAAGACAUGCGCACGCCUAAAAACCAAGUCACAAUGCUUCAACUCUGCGAGAAGAAAAUCGGAGGUUUCUCCCUCCACCCAGCACAUCCUCACCUCGUAGCCACAGCCUCCCUAGACCGCACCCUCAAGAUCUGGGAUUUGCGAAAGAUCACCGGCAAAAAAGACGAUCGUCUUCCUGUUUUGGUCGGCGAACACACCUCCAAACUCUCCGUCUCCCACGCCGCCUUCAACUCCGCCGGCCAAGUCGCCACAGCCUCCUACGACGACACCGUCAAAAUCUACGACUUCCCCUCCUGCGGCGACUGGAAAGUCGGCACAACCCUCGACGAUAACGAAAUGUCUCCAGCAACGAUUGUCCCUCACAAUAAUCAGACAGGGCGAUGGGUGACGAUAUUGCGAGCGCAGUGGCAGUUGCAGCCGCAGGAUGGGAUUCAGAGGUUCUGUAUUGGGAAUAUGAAUCGGUUUGUGGAUAUAUAUACGGGUAAGGGGCAGCAGCUUGCGCAGCUGGGUGGGGAAAAUAUUACGGCUGUGCCGAGUGUUGCGCAGUUUCAUCCGACGAUGGAUUGGGUUGGUGCUGGGACGGCGAGUGGGAAGCUGUGUCUUUGGAUGUGA